CUCUGGUUGUUUGAGACUAGCAUAAUUAGUUUACUUGUUUAUGACCUGUUUAAUUUUUAAAAGGUUGGUGGUUCUUCCUCUGCGAGUAAGGCAUCCAAUCAGUCGGGAGCAUCAGGAGGUAGUAUUGAUGGAGAGGGUGGUACUGUUUCUGAGGUGGUGGUUGAUUCCGAUGGUUGUCCGAGCUCUGAGAAGUUCAAAAAACUACUCGAGCUACUUGAGCCCAGAUUUGAUUUUGAGUAUGAUGGAGGGCUUGUUUUGAAGGAAACUGAGUUGCGGCUAGUCGCUAGUAGCAUUCCACCUGAAAAUCCGCAGGUCAUGGACGCGUGUGUCACUGUUAUGAGGGAAUCUAUUUUCAUUAACACUGAUCCUGCCUCCGUCCCCAGAGCUGAUAUGCUGACUAGCCAGUUCCAUGGUUCACUUGCUGUUAUGUACUCUAAGUUCAAGAAGGUUAGGCGCAAGGAGAGUUUUGAUUUUGAUGCUGAUCUAUUGAGCUCUAUAACUAGCAGAUUUAACAGCACUGGAAGGCAGUGGUUGGUCAACAUUGAUUACCUGUACUCUCCCUUCAACAUUGACAAGAACCGCUGGAUUGCUGUUAUGGUGGACAUGCCCUCUCACUCCCUAACUGUUUUUGACUCUACUGCGAAUGUUCGUCGUUGCUCUAGACUUAAACCUGAGCUUGAGUUUUUGUGUGAGAUGUUUCCAUAUUUGGUUCGUAAGGUUGGUGCGAAUGAUGUUAUGCUCAACUAUCCUCUGACUCCUUUGUCCUUCACUCGCCACACGCGUGUCACCCAAGCCUCAGACCGUGCGAACACUGGUAUGCUCUCCCUUCUUUUCAUGGAGGCCCAUGCAGUUGGAGGUUUUGAGAAAGUUUGUCAAGUUUCUGAGUCCGGUAUUCGUCACCGUGCCGAGCAGUUAGCCGUUCAGUUGUACGAGCAUUGUUGUGGUGACAUUGAAGUUUGAAGUGAGCCUGUCUCUAUUUCCAUCUAUUUUAGUUUUAUGUUGAACAAUUUGCGCUCUCCGGCUUAUCUUUUGAAUUUUUAGUUUGUACUAAUAACUCUUAUGCUUUUGCGGAUUCUAUUUCUGUUUGAACCUUUAGUCUACUUAACCAUCGUUUCUAAUAUAUAGUAAUUGU